CAGGAAGCCAUUUUGGGAUGGAGUGUGUACAGUAAUGCUGCGUGACGUUGUCAGGAGAGGAAGUGCACUUGGUUCACUUAGUGCCUCGCGUUGCAAACCUCUUGUUGCUCUCUAUAGCCCUCUAUAGCCCUUCAUAGCCCUCCAUAGCCAAAUGCAAAGCCAUAAAACUCUCCAUGAACAGGAGCCUUGAUCACAAUCACGAGGUAACGGAGCGCCCAUGAUGUAGGUUUCUGACUCGCUCGCGACUUUAGUUUGACAUCAGUUCGAUUUCAGAGCGUUCGAAAGGCGGUAACAUCAAAGCGGAAGUACAAAGUCGCCGACACUGAAUCGAAUUUCUCUCUUGAACUGCAAGCCAGGUGUUGUUAACUUGAGGAACAACCUUUUCCUCAGCAUUUGUUUUAUAUUCCCCCGUUAUCCUCUUAAAAAAAAAAAACAACACAGUCCCCUCACCAUGUCUCUGGCCCUGAAGCAAGUCUUCAACAAAGACAGAACGUUCCGGCCCAAGCGCAAGUUCGAGCCGGGUACUCAGCGCUUCGAGCUCCACAAGAAGGCGCAGGCGUCUCUGAACGCCGGUCUGGAUCUGAAGCUGGCCGUCCAGCUGCCGCACGGCGAGGACCUGAGCGACUGGGUGGCCGUGCACGUGGUGGACUUUUUCAAUCGCAUCAACCUGAUCUACGGCACCAUCAGUGAAUCCUGCACCGAGCAGACGUGCCCGGUCAUGUCCGGAGGGCCCAAGUACGAGUACCGCUGGCAGGAUGAGCAAAAGUACAAAAAGCCCACAGCGCUUUCUGCCCCCAAGUACAUGAGCCUGCUGAUGGAAUGGAUCGAGGUGCAGAUCAACAACGAGCAAAUCUUCCCCACCAAUGUCGGUACGCCCUUUCCCAAGAGCUUCAUGCAGGUGGCGAAGAAGAUCCUGUCGCGUCUUUUCCGCGUCUUCGUGCAUGUCUACAUCCACCACUUCGACCGUGUCAGUCAGAUGGGGGCAGAAGCGCACGUCAACACCUGUUACAAACAUUUCUACUACUUCGUCAAUGAAUUCAGCCUCAUAGACCAGAAGGAGCUGGAGCCACUGAAAGAGAUGACAUCACGGAUGUGUCACUGAACCUGCGCCCCCGAGGUGGUCCAUUUCAAACCACUCGGCCUUAAAACCACCCGAAUCGACAAAUUAAAAAAAGAGAAACGAACCAAAGUUUCCAAAGACUCUAUUUUUAUACACUUUUAAAGUACUGUAAUAUUCUAUUUAGCUUAAAAUGUUACCAUCUUCAAUUCCUUUCCUUUAAUGUGUAGAAUUGUUUGUUUGUUUUUUGCUAGAAUGCAGUAUUAGAAAUCUUUUUUUUUUCUUUACAUUUUGGUCCAGAAUCAUUUCUGCAGUUGUUCUAUGUAAUUUUUCUCUGUCUGAAGCAUACAGAUUAUAUUUGCUAAUAUUUAUGUAUGUGUUUGAGACAAUAAACAUAUUCUACUAAAUAUA